AUGUGUCGCGUGUUGUCGGUCGUGUUGGCCGCGUGCCUGGCCUCCGCGGCCCGUGCGCCGAAGAAGGCGGAAAAGCCGACGAAGGCGGUGUCGAAGGUGGAAGGACGGAGUUUCCUCCUGGAAUCCGGCGGUUUCUUCGACGACGAUUACUACGGCGGCGGUUACCGGCGGAGUUACUACCGCCCCUACGACGAUUACUACCGCGGGUCCUACCGCCUCAACGACGGCUACGACUACCGCUACGACGACACCUACCGGAAUCGCUACUACGGCUCGCGAUACCCCUCGAACUGCAGAUACGGCCGGGACGCCCAGCUCCGAUGCGAGUUCCCGGGUCAAAACAUCUACGGCGUGAGUUUCUCAUCGCUUCGAUCGAUCGCCUCCGACGUGCACGUCUCACGCGUUUCUCCGUCUCAGCGGGUGGAAUGGUGGCCGGUGGACGACCCGAGGUACAACUGGCAGUUCCGCGGGCGGGUCAGCACGUACGAGUACGGGGGCACGGCGACGCUGGAGAUCCGGGACGUCCGGCCGGACGACUUCGGGAUGUACUGGUGCGUGGCGGACGUGACCGGUUACUACGGCGGUUACUACGGCGACUACAACGGUUACAACCGCUACGACUCCGACAACUACCGCUCCGGCUACGGCUACGACGACUACCGCCCCGGCUACGACGACAACCGCGGCCUCGGCAGGAGUUACUAUCCCGGCCGAUACCAGCGAGAGGGCGAAGCCACCGCGACGCGCCAGAGCGAACACGGAGGGGGAGGACUACGCGUGGCAGGGGGGAGUGACCCGGCAGUGCGGCUGCUUCUGUCCUCCUGCGAGCAUCGGGGAUGCUGUGACUCGGGGGCGUUCAUGCGGUGA